CCCCACCAUCCCGGGUGUUUGUGGGUGGUGCAUUUAACACGGAGGCUCCCAAAGGCUCAGAUAGCCUCCCCUUCACCUAAUCAGUAGCAUGAACCGGGAAUCAAAUCAAAAACAUCACUCCAUGUUAACCAAAAAUCUCUGAGCUUGAACGUGGACUUCCAUAAUUUUGUCAGAAUGUUUUGGAUUUAACGGGCUUUUUUUUUUAUUUUUAUUUUUUAGUCUGCACAGCUGAAUCUUCAACAACGUGUCUGUAAGCAGCUGGAACUAUGUUUCCAAAGAUUUUCUAUAUAUGUGUGAAAUUAUUCAGCGCUAUGCACAUCGCAUCAUCUGCAGACCUGCAGCUUGGCAUGCCAAAUGUUUGCGCCACCCAGGAGGUGUCCAUGUUGGGGGUCCGCCAGCCCUGUGUUCAGGCGUUUACCCGCAUGGUGCAGGUGUGGAAGCAGGGCUGCACAAGCCGCAGAUGGUGUUUGGGAUUUGAGAGAAGGACUGCGUACUACACAGCAUACAGGCAAACGUACAGCAUGGAUUUUCACACAGUCUAUAAAUGUUGUCCCGGUUGGGCUCAGAAAGAUAAUGAGAUGGGCUGUCUACAUAGGGUGUGCAGUGCUCAUGCCUGUCUUAAUGGUGGGAGAUGUGCAGAGACUGGGGAGCGUAUUUGUCACUGUCCAUUAGGCUUCAAAGGUCCCCGGUGCCAGUAUGACAUUAAUGAAUGCGAAGUGGAUGAAGGCGGCUGUGAGGGUUACUGCUGCAACACCAUUGGGAGCUACUACUGCAAAUGUCCUGAAGGCAGCAAAGUGGGGCCAGACGGCAAGGCUUGUAACGAUAUAAAUGAGUGUGAAGAGCUCAAUGGAGGAUGCCAACAAACUUGCGUCAACACGGCAGGUUCCUAUCAUUGCGAGUGCAGCGAGGGAUUCCGUAUGCACUCUGAUGGUCGCACCUGCAUCGCCGUAAAUUCUUGCUCCAUUUUGAAUGGAGGUUGUGAGCACAAGUGUGUGGAUGUGGGAGACGAGGAGUACAAAUGUGAGUGCAGAAGGAACUACCAGCUGAAACGAGAUGGGAGACACUGUGAAUUGAGGGACCCCUGUAAGGAGAGGAAUGGAGGCUGUGCACAGUUCUGCAACUCCGAAAGCGGUAAAGCAAAUUGCAGCUGCCGUCCCGGUUUUACGUUGUCUGGAGACCAAAAAAACUGUGAAGACAUUGAUGAGUGCAUCUCUGGUCAUGCAAAGUGUUCCCAUGGUUGUGUCAACAUGCCGGGCUCCUUCAGAUGUGUGUGUCAUCCUGGUUUUGAACUCGGUGCCGAAAGCAAGCAGUGCUACCGCAUUGAGAUGGAGAUUGUAAAUAGCUGUGAGAAGAACAAUGGGGGAUGCUCUCAUCAUUGUGAGCAUAACACCAAUGGCCCCCUAUGCUCCUGUAACCAAGGCUACCAGCUGGACACGGACAGGAGGACCUGUGUAGAUAGUGACGAGUGUUUGAGUGUGGAGUCCUGCUGCAGCCACCUCUGUAGAAACUACCCCGGUGGCUAUGAGUGCAGCUGCAGAGCAGGCCACAGACUGAGCCCAGAUGGCUGCGGCUGCGAAGAUAUUGAUGAGUGCCUGGCAGAGACCUCGGGAUGUGAACACUACUGCGUCAACACCUUGGGAACCUAUCAGUGCUUUUGCCGAAUGGGCUUCCGCUUGGAUCUGGAUCGGCACGCUUGCAUCGCUCUGUAUGGCGGUGAGCUGCAUGAGGAAGAGGAGGAGGAGGAAGAGGAGGAAGGGCUGGAGGCCGACAGACUGCCUGACCUGCUGUUUCGAAAGGCUCCUCAGCUCGUGCAUUACACGGCAGCCCUGCACGUUCGCCACAGCACUGAUGAUGAUGAUGAUGAUGAUGAUGAUGGUCGUCAUGUUAGUGACCGUGACGAAGAAUUAGAGAUCCACAGAGAGCACAGGGGAGAGCUGAGACUGGAAAGCUCCGUAGUGUGCCUAGAGGGCUCCUUUGGGGAUGACUGUAGCGUGAGCUGUGACGACUGCGUGAGCGGAGCAUGUAGUGAAAACAAGGACCGAUGUGAUUGCUCGCCUGGCUGGACAGGAAUCAUCUGCAACGAGACUUGUCAUCAGGGGAGCUACGGGAAGUCCUGUGACGGCAUGUGCCACUGUCUGAAUGGAGGCUCAUGUGACCCUGUGUCUGGGAAGUGUCUCUGCCCUCUCGGGGUAAAUGGCCAGUUCUGCGAGGACGGUUGCCCGAGGGGCUAUUUUGGAAAGAACUGCAGACGAAAGUGCAACUGCCCCAACAAAGGACCCUGCCAUCGACUUUAUGGAGCCUGCCUCUGCUCGCUGGGAUUAUAUGGUCGUUUCUGCCACCUAGCUUGUCCCAAGUGGACACACGGAGCAGGCUGUUCCAAGGAAUGCAAAUGUGUCCAAGAGCAAUCCAGCGGCUGUGACCCAAAAACAGGAAGCUGUUUCUGCAAGCCUGCAUAUCACGGUCUGCUUUGUGAGAAAGAAUGUGAUCCAGGCUUCUUUGGCACCGGCUGUGAGCAGUCAUGUGAUUGUCCAGGUGGAGGGUCAUGUGACCCUAAGACCGGAGUCUGCAGCCAAAGAUGUCCUGCUGGGCUUCAGGGGGACCAGUGUCAACUGGCAUGUGAACCUGGUUUUUGGGGCCAAGGCUGCAUUGGAAGGUGUCAGUGUCAGGAUCAUUCUGUGGGCUGUGACCCGGUCAGUGGUCGUUGUGUGUGUGAAGCUGGCCACACCGGAGACCACUGUGAAGAGAAGUGCGCCAGUGGUCAUUAUGGACACGGCUGUGCUCAGGAGUGUCUGUGUAAGAACGAAGCCCUCUGCGACCACGUGAGCGGCGCCUGCAUCUGCUCACCUGGAUUCACUGGGCAUCUCUGUGAAAAAACGUGCCCGGACGGCUUUUACGGGCUUGACUGUGGCCAGAUGUGCGAGUGCAGGAACGGUGCCCGCUGCCACCACAUCACAGGAGCCUGCCUGUGCACCGCCGGCUGGGCAGGACCACACUGCAUUCUGGAGUGCCAAAAAGGUCGAUUUGGAGAGAACUGCGGUCAGACCUGUAAGUGUCAGAACCGGGGCAUUUGUGACCACGUCACCGGGCGAUGCAGCUGCACAGAUGGUUGGACCGGAGCCCACUGCCAACUGCCCUGCCUUCCUGGGUUCUACGGGCCUUCCUGUGCCCGGCGCUGUCAGUGCCGCCCUGGGGUGCCCUGUCACCACAAGACGGGGAGUUGUGGCUGCCCAACUGGACUCACGGGGUCUGGAUGUGAGAAAACCUGCUCUGUUGGCACGUUCGGACAAAACUGCAGCCAGCUGUGCCGAUGCUCCGGGCUCCAUGAGCAGUGUGAUGCCGCGACGGGGAGAUGCAGCUGCUCACCCGGCUACUAUGGGCCACGCUGUGAGCUCCGGUGCCGAGCGGGUUCAUUUGGGCCAAACUGCAAGUCCAAGUGCACCUGCGUCAACGGCGGGCGCUGCGACUUUAGGACUGGGGCAUGCUACUGUCGUCCGGGCUACAUUGGAGCCGACUGCAGUUCCCGUUGUCCAGGUGGAUACUACGGGAGGGAUUGUGCGAAACUGUGCUCCUGUGCUGAAGGAGCGCAGUGCCAUCCAGUAACUGGAAGGUGCAUAUGUGGCCCCGGAAGGACAGGGGCCUCAUGCCAACAGGCUUGUCCGAAAGGACGCUCCGGUCUGCAGUGCAGACACGCCUGUAGCUGUCAGAAUGGAGCUGCAUGUGAUCCUGUUGACGGGUUCUGUAAGUGUGGACUGGGCUGGACUGGACCCCAAUGUGAGACAGCCUGUCCUGCAGGAAAAUAUGGGCCUGGUUGUGCACAACACUGCCGAUGUCUUAACAAUGGGACUUGCAGCCGUUUUACUGGCAGCUGCAGCUGUACUGCUGGGUACUACGGCGACUACUGUCAACAUGAGUGUCCUUCUGGAUUUUAUGGAUUGAAUUGUCAGUUCACAUGUGACUGUAACAUGGGCCGAGCAUGUGAUCAUGUGACGGGCAAAUGUUUGUGCCCACCAGGCUAUUAUGGCUCACGAUGCGAAAGGCAAUGUGAAAGUGGCAGCUUUGGACUGAACUGUCUGAAGUCCUGUAAUUGUGCUGACGAGGCGUCGUGUGACCCAUCCACUGGUAGAUGUCUCUGUCCCUCAGGCCAGUGGGGAGAGAGAUGUGAAAAAAGCUGUGAUGGAGACCACUUUGGCCCCGACUGCUCCCUGCUGUGCCAGUGUUUCCAUGGCUCCCACUGUGACCGGGUAAACGGCAGAUGUCUCUGUCCGCUCACCUGGCUCGGCUCGACUUGUAGCAAAGCGCGGCUGCACCAAACCUCAGGAGUGCUGAAUAUGUCUGUGUCUCACAGAAAUAGAAGAACAGGCAGCAAAACCACAUAACCCAAACAGGGGUGAAAAUUCCUGACUGGACACUCAAAGUCGGGACUUGGCUCAGCGUAGCUUCGCUCUGAUCAUCUCUGAGAAACUUAUAUUGGAUCUAUGGAGCUGGUACUCAGUUGUCAGAGGCUGGCACUCCUUCACUGAGUCGGAGACAAUCAACCACAGGUACCAGCAUGCGAAACGUCUUUGGAGGACCAUAAACUCAGGUCUGAUUCAAGCUGGUUUACAGGCUCGACACACACAAAUACCUGCAGAACAGUCGGUGCUUACAUCGAAUGAAACUGGAUCCUUUUUGACAUAUAUUGAGUCAGUAAUGAUGACCCACUUCACAAUAAAACAACGAGCUCA